GGAAUGUAGCAGUGUAACAAUCGGAACAACUGAGCAAUAGGUGAUUGGGCUCGCGGAUCAAGGAACUCUGUUCAUUUUAUUUGUUAAGCAAACAUCCUGUGAAACUCGCGUGCUUCUGUACUGAAGGCGAAACCUCACCGUGUCCAGAUGAAGAUGAAAUAUACUUCUAACGCGUUUGAAGGUCUACGGAGAGCACGGGAAUAAGAGAAAUGCAGGGAUUCGUGAGGUUACCGUCGUUCCGGUGAACUGUCCUGUGUCACUUGCACUUUACUUUUUCGUUUCGGAGGUAAAUGGAGUUGAGCUGUGAGGGGUGGAAUUUAAUGUAGUUCGGACGUGUAGUUUGGAAACAUCGGAUAUAAGCAUCGGUAGCUGUAUUAACAACCACUUUACGUUUUUAUCCAAUGGGACGCGCGGCUCUUCAGAGACAAACUCUAUGAGUCGGUGUCGCUGCAACUCUCCAGGUGAAGUCCCGACCGUACGACGCGUUUCAUCUAAUGUGGGUGCUGAAAAAACAGGUACUUAGAGGUGCGACGUAAAAUGUUGCAACUAGACAGGCGAGGGAGAGCGCGGAAACCGAUGUAAAUUCGCCCACAUGCGCUGGAUCGGACGCUUGUUGUUAGGUGAUCGGAAUCUGAAGAAGAAGAGGGGAGACGUGAGUUGUAAAUCCUCGCAGGCUGGAAGAUGGCGGAGCAGCACUAUAGCUGGAGGAGGUGUUGGUGAAAGACAAACUUCCAACCGCUUGAGAUUUAUUUGCAAACACCGCGAUCUGGCCUUCAGGACACAUGCAGGCCAAAAAACGAUAUCUAAUCUCGCUCUUGACUGGCGCCUUUCUAGUUCUGCUCUUUUACUUUGGAGGAGGAGGGGACCCGGGUCCGGCCGCCACGGGGUCCAGGAGCCGGCAUGACCGCAGCCGCAGUGGAUAUAAUCGCCCCGAGCAGCCGUGGCCGCACUUCUCGGAUCCUUUACAACACUUAAGCCCGUGGGAUCAGUCGGACACGGAGGAAUACAACGUUCACAUAUCGCCCAAGCAAAAGAGAGACGUGAACUCGAGCGUUUACAAGGGCAAGAGGUGCCGCAUGCAGUCCUGCUUCGACUUCUCUCCCUGUCAAAGGAACGGCUUCAAAGUGUACGUGUACCCCCAACAGAAGGGGGAGAAGAUCUCCGAAAGUUAUCAGAACAUUUUAUCCACGAUCGAGGGGUCUCGGUUUUACACCUCGGACCCCGGUCAAGCGUGUCUGUUUAUCCUAAGUCUGGACACUCUUGACCGAGACCAGUUGUCUCCACAAUAUGUGCACAAUCUCAAAACCAAGGUGCAGAGCUUGCCUCUGUGGAACAAUGGUAGAAAUCACCUCAUAUUUAAUUUGUAUUCAGGCACGUGGCCCGACUACACGGAAGACUUGGGCUUUGACAUCGGUCAAGCCAUGCUGGCCAAAGCGAGCAUCAGCACGGAGAACUUCAGACCCCACUUUGACGUCUCCAUCCCGCUGUUUUCCAAGGAUCACCCCAGGACCGGCGGGGAUAGGGGCUUCUUAAAAUAUAACACCAUUCCACCUUUUAGAAAAUAUAUGUUGGUAUUUAAAGGGAAACGCUAUCUGACCGGCAUCGGCUCGGACACGAGGAAUGCCUUAUAUCAUGUUCAUAACGCGGAGGAUGUAGUUCUUCUCACCACCUGCAAGCAUGGCAAAGACUGGCAGAAACACAAGGACGCGCGGUGUGAUAAGGACAACGCCGAGUAUGACAAGUAUGACUACCGUGAAAUGCUGCACAAUUCCACCUUCUGCCUAGUGCCGCGAGGUCGACGGCUGGGUUCCUUUCGCUUCCUGGAGGCUCUGCAGGCGGCCUGUGUACCGGUUAUGCUGAGUAAUGGAUGGGAACUCCCCUUCUCUGAGGUCAUCGACUGGAACACGGCCGCUGUGAUCGGGGACGAGAGGCUCCUGCUGCAGAUCCCAUCUACGGUGCACUCCAUUCAUCAGGAUAAGAUUCUGGCUCUACGACAGCAGACGCAGUUCUUGUGGGAGGCUUACUUCUCCUCCGUGGAGAAGAUUGUGCUCACUACUUUAGAAAUCAUUCAGGACAGAGUGCUUCAGCAGACGUCCAGGAGCACUAUGAUGUGGAACAGUCACCCCGGUGGACUUUUUACACUGCCCCUGUACUCCUCUUACCUGGGCGACUUUCCUUUCUUCUAUGCUGAUCUUGGGAUUAAACCGAAUCCCAAAUUCACGGCUGUAAUCCAUGCUGUCACCCCUCUGGUUUCUCAGUCUCAACCCAUUCUCAAACUCCUCGCCUCAGUGGCCAAGUCCCAGUAUUGCUCGCAGAUUAUUGUAUUGUGGAAUUGUGACAAGCCUUUACCUGCCAAGCAUCGAUGGCCGGCCACCUCAGUGCCCAUUAUUGUAAUCGAAGGAGAGAACAAGGUCAUGAGCAGCAGGUUUCAGCCGUAUGACAGUAUCGUCACAGAUGCAGUGUUGAGUCUGGAUGAGGACACAGUGUUGUCAACCACUGAGGUGGAUUUUGCUUUCACAGUGUGGCAGAGUUUCCCGGAGAGACUUGUGGGAUAUCCUGCCCGCAGUCAUUUCUGGGACAAUAACAAGGAGCGUUGGGGCUACACCUCCAAAUGGACCAAUGACUAUUCCAUGGUUCUCACCGGAGCUGCCAUUUACCACAGAUAUUACCACUUCCUGUAUACACACUUCCUACCAAAUAGCCUGAAGAGCAUGGUGGACCAGCUGGCCAACUGUGAGGACAUCCUCAUGAACUUCCUGGUGUCCGCCGUCACCAAGCUGCCACCCAUCAAGGUCACACAGAAAAAGCAGUACAAGGAGACCAUGAUGGGUCAGUCAUCUCGAGCCUCGCGCUGGGCAGACCCGGACCACUUCGCCCAGCGACAGACCUGCAUGAACAAGUUCGCCAGCUGGUUUGGCGGCAUGCCUCUGGUUCACUCGCAAAUGAGAUUGGACCCCGUUUUGUUCAAGGACCAAGUCUCCAUCCUCCGCAAGAAAUACAGGGACAUCGAGCGACUCUGACCAGACUGGCGCCCUCUGUCGGACAUUCAACAGGGGGCCGGUAGAGACUCCCUCGAGCAGAGGAGGACCACAGCGCUAGAGCCUGUGGCAAAAGAUCUGCCUAUGAUUUCCCUUCAGCACACAGCAAAGAACAAAGACACCAGGAUGUGAACGCCUGUGCGGACCUUCAGACAUACAUUACACACUUUUAACCACAAGACGCUGUUUUUUUUCGUUGGUUUUGGGUUUGAUAUGAAUGCCACAGAUGAAUUUCCCAGCACCUGAGCAAGUUGUUGGAAGACAGGAGGGACGCAUCAUUGUGUUAGCACUUCAUCUUCACCGUGCCACCAUCCAUCUUCCUGCCUUUGAUGUCAACGUAGACGCCUGGUCAUCGUGUUUUCCAGUUCGGUUCUUUCCAGGUUGUCGAAGAGAAUGGGUUCAUUGUUAUACGCAUCUUACUUUUUUGAGGUAUUAGGGGGACUUUUUGUGUUCAGAGGUUUUCAAAGUCGCAAUUGUGAUAUAAUUUCGUUUCAGUGGGAUUGAUUCCGUAAGCGUGGUCAGGGUUUUAUUUAGCUUGUUAAACAGCCGUACAAGUUGAAAAGUUCACAAAGAAAUAUACCAGUGUGCAAAAAACGCAUUGAAAAUGACCCCUCUUAUUAAUAGCAUAAGCAUUUUUAAUGAAAGUCGCGAUAAACGGCCAGCAGUAUUUUCUUUACGUUUUUUACAGUGCCAAGAACUCAUUAACUGCCUUUUAAGUGGCAUGUCAAACUUUCCAAGUUUAAUUCAUGCAAAUCCACCUUAAAAAACAAUAAUUAAAAUUCCCUAAAUUCUCAUAUUAUUAAACAGCCAAGCCUGGAAAAACGUUUGUAGCAGUCGAAAAUUUGAGGCGAAACAAAGGCAGUGCCUGAGAGAGCUUGCAUCGCAGGAACACCAUCUGUUUAGGUGAAAAAUCGUUGAAAGUUCGGAAAUUUUGACAUUAUGACAGGUUGCAUUGCAAGGACUUAAAGUCCUAAUUUAGGAGACUCGUCUCUCACCACCUCUCUUCCCCAUCUGCGUGAAGAAUGAGCCGUCCGUCAAAGUUCAAUGGGACUGCCAUGUUUUGUUCUCUCGCGGGUCUCCUAUUUAAAAUGUGACUCUGCCUCUCAUAUAAAACUCACUCGGCCACAAACAGGCAAAUUUUUGUCCCACGCUUUACCUAGGAAGCGCCAAGCAUAUACUUCCUUUCUAUCGAAAUGAACAUCUUUUCUCAUUGAUUUCGCAUCAGGCGACUGACGCUUGACGCAUCGGGCCCCUUCAGUGUUGUUCUAUGUUUUCCAGAGCAGAGAUGAUGAUGUUUUUUUACAGAAUGGAGCAUUGUGUCAGUCUCUGCUCACAGAUACUUGAAUGUCUGAUGACUUGAAGGGUUUCUGUGCUUUAGUGGCCUUUUUGUGAAGGUGACUGGGCUUAAAAUGUGCCAGCUGUGAGCCAAAGCCUUUAUUUUUCCCUGUUUAACGCAUCAGAAUCGUCAUUGUACACUACAUCAUUUUUGACACUUGAAUGUUUAGGAACCCGGGCUGUAGACUUCACCCGUGUCAUUUAUUGUUUGACAAAUAGUGUGUUGUAACUAAGCUUUGAUGUUUAGAAUGGCUAUAAUACUCAUGAAGUGUCACACGGUUUUAUAACUUAAUGAACUGCAGAUCUCGAAUGAAAUUCCAUCAUGACGUUCAAGUUUAUUAGACGCUUACUUAGUCGCAUCUUCAUUAAGGUAAACAUUACAUUUCAAGUCUCUGAAAGCUACUGCUAUAGUUUCCCUUUUAACAGUUACAUAAUUUGUAAAAUAGUUUCUUUUUUAUUCUUCGAGUUCUUUUUACCUAACAAACAUGGCCCACAUGUGGUCAAGUUUUAAGUUUAGGAAAACCAUCUCAUUUAACAUAUCUAUGAUUGUUUUUGUUCAAAAGUCAUUCUGUGACUAACUGGCCUCGCACAAUUUUUAAUGGCUAAAUUAUCCACACUUCAAAAACAUGACAUACGCUUGCUGUACAUACUGUUUUUUUAUACAAAUACUCUACACAAGUAUCUCUUGGAGAUCAUUUUAUGAGGAUAGUUAAUGGCUGCAUCAAAUGUUUUUUUUUUCAAUGCCCUUCUCAACAUUGUUGAGCGUAUCUCAUGCCCUGAUAACAAUGUCCAGUUGUGUCCAAGGCCCUUGUUAAAUCCAGAUUAUGUGUAUAGACAACACACAAAUACAUGUUAAUGUGUUAAAUCACGCCAGUGUUAUUUUAAUUACCCCGAUUGUUAUGACAAAGCCAUUCAUUUUAAAUUGGCCUCUUUUGAAUGCUGCUGCUGCUACCACAACACUUGUAAGAUCACCAAAGAAUGACGCAAAAUUUAAAAUCAUGCAAUCGCUGUUUUGUCUUUGGGUCCGUUUCUGGUCUGUCUCAUUUAGUAAUUGCAUCAAGCUCACGUUGUUCCGGUGGUAACGGACACACGGCCACUAGGAUGUAUUUGUGUCUACUUAGUGCUUGCAUAUUCUGUUAUUAGCAAUGACCAAUACAGAAAGAUGUUUAGAAACAUCAGGUUUAAAUCGCUAUUCUGUGAUCUGUCUUUUAUUGUGCCUUUAAUGAUUGAUUUGUGAGUUUGUUCCCCCCAACUGUCACAGAAAAGGUCAAAAUCGUUCAUGUUGCGUCAUCUGCCGCUGUUAUCAUACACUACAGUUUCACAUCAUCCGUCAACACUGUACUUUACAGAUUAGGCUCUUAACAGACCUGCAUGACCACUUUAGGCUAUUUAUGAGUAAAUUCUGUUUUUUCUUUGGCUCCCUCCUGUUCUGACUCUUCAUCCUUGUAAUUAACAGAUUACUUUUUAUAGAGGUAAUAAAGAAAUUGAAAAAUGCCAAUUUUGUAUGAAUAAGAAAAUGAAUAAAGUAAUAUUUGAUGC